UUUCACGUUUUGGUCCUAAAAAGCUGCUCAAAUCACCCCGACAACAUUUCUCCUGUUCUUUGUGUACAUACACACAGCACCUAUACAUACAGAGUAAAUUAAGCGCAGAACUCAGAAGUGGCGGCGCAAGUCGAUAGCAAUGGCAGUUGAAACAGAGGCCACCACAGCCUCUGAACUGGCUCUCGCCGACACAGACAUCAACUGGGACAGGUUGGACAAGACGAGGUUUCAUAUAAUAGGAGCUGUUCUCUUCAGCGCACAACAAGCAUUGCUGCAUCCAACACAUGUUGUAAAAACGAGAAUGCAAGUUGCUAGUCCCAAUUCAAUUCAUAAAAGUGGGAUGGCAGUAUUCAAACAUAUACUGAAAACGGAUGGAAUUCGUGGAAUCUUCAGAGGAUAUGGCACUUCUGCUGUAGGUGCAUUGCCUGGCAGAGUGAUCGCUUUAACUUCACUUGAAGUGUCCAAAGAUAUGAUGCUGAAAUACACUGAAGCUCUCAAUAUGUCUGAAGCAACGCGAAUAGGCCUUUCCAAUGGGUUCGGGGGCAUGCUAUCGAAUUUAAUUUCGUGCGUAUACUUUGUGCCUCUAGAUGUGGUCUCUCAGAGACUAAUAGUUCAAGGACUUGGAGGGACUACAUCCUGCAAUGGUCCAGUUGAUGUCGUACGUAAGGUUAUGAAGGCUGAAGGAUUUCGAGGUAUGUAUAGGGGCUUUGGAUUAACAGCCCUGACACAGUCUCCAGCAUCUGCACUUUGGUGGGGCUCAUACGGUGCUGCCCAGCACAUCAUUUGGAGGAGCUUGGGUUAUAGAGAUGAUCUUGAGGAAAAACCUUCUCACAUGGAGAUGGUGACGGUUCAGGCUACAGCAGGAAUGGUAGCUGGGGCUUGUUCAUCAGUGAUCACUACUCCUAUAGACACCAUAAAGACAAGACUUCAGGUUAUUGACAAUUUCUGUGUUGGAAGACCAUCUGUCAUGAAAACCAUAAACACACUUCUCCAGGAAGAUGGGUGGUGGGGAUUCUAUAGGGGGUUUGGACCUCGAUUCCUGAACAUGUCACUCUACGGAACUACCAUGAUUGUAACAUACGAACUAAUAAAGAGAUUAUCGGUGAAGCAAAGAUGAUUUCAGUGAAAGGAGCAGAACACUUUCUCUAUGUUGUGCACAUGAGGAAUCUUGACCAUGUAUAUAAUUUUUUGGUUAGUGUUUUUGGGAGCUUUUAGUGACUACAGAGUAAAGAAUCCAAUUAGAUAUCAUGUUGUUAGAGCGGCAUGGUGCUAGAGUUGGCGGAAAUACAUUAGUGGCUUUCUUUUAUAGUUUCUUUGUGAAGUAUAUAAUUAACUUAAAUUUUUAAUAGGUAUCAAGUACAAGUCGCAGUAGAACUCAAGUAAUAUUUGUUUUGUUUACUACUUUAGUCGGGAUUAUAAUCAUUAAUUUCAUUUGUUGCUUACCAGUACAUAA